UAUAGCCCAUGGCCUAGGGCAGAUAGAUGUGAUGAGCUGCAUCGAUGGAAAUAACAACGCUCCGGUCUCGCGUAAUGGAACGAGAUUUGCCCGUUUUAACAUCAGUUGGAAACCCCGUUCCACCCUCUUCCCUUCGCUGUCCACAAGCAAGAUGCCAGGUGUCACAGUGAAAGACGUCAACCAGCAGGAGUUUGUCCGUGCCCUGUCGGCUUUCCUGAAAAAGUCAGGAAAGCUGAAGGUGCCUGACUGGGUGGACCUCGUCAAGCUGGGUAAGCACAAGGAGCUGGCCCCCAGUGAUGAGAACUGGUUUUACAUCAGAGCCGCAUCCACAGUCCGCCACCUGUACCUUCGUGGAGGUGCUGGUGUUGGCUCCAUGACCAAGAUCUAUGGAAGUCGCCAGAGGAAUGGUGUGUGCCCUGCCCAUUACAGUGUAGGAUCCAAGAAUGUGGCCCGUAAGGUGCUGCAGGCCCUCGAGCUGCUCAAGAUGAUUGAGAAGGAUCCCAAUGGUGGUCGCAGACUUACCGCCCAGGGGACCAGAGAUCUGGAUAGAAUUGCUGGCCAGGUCGCAGCUGCAAACAAGAAAACUGUUCAAUAAAUCUUAUUUUGGAGAAAGUCAA